UACUUUUACCACCUUUCAAAGGGUUGUUUAUCUUCAACCUUUUUCUCACCAUAAAUUGUGCCCUUGGCUUAAACUGAUCUAUGCAGUGAAAACGAGCAGAGUCAGUGUAGUUCAAAUUUAGAUUCGUCAAGUUACACCAGAGUCAUCAAUUUGCAUAUAUGAACAUUAGGGCAGUCAAAAACUGGAACCUCCCAGGUGCUCCAAAAUGUUAGAAACCACCCCUGUCGUGGCCAAGGAUCUCGCCACACAGGUUUCCGAUUCGAACGUGAAAUGCAAGGUUUGCAGGGGAAUUUUAAAAAAUCCGGGCAGCCUACGCACUCACAUGAAGAGUUUUCACACCAACCGAGAGCGACCCAGUUGUCCCACGUGUCAUCGGGUGUUCCUCAAUUCAAGCAAUUUACGGGAACAUAUUGAUGCCAUUCACAGUACGAAGGAACGACCACGUUUCCCAUGCACGGUUCCCGGCUGUGAGAAAACCUACCUAAACCAGCGCUACAUUUCACAACACGUAAAACUUUACCACACCCAGAAUACGGCCCGAUUUGUCUGCAAACUUUGCGGCAAAGUAUGUAAAUUUAAGACCAAUCUUAACUCUCACAUUGCCACCCACACGACGGAGAAGCCGUACAGUUGUGCAACUUGUGGGAAGAGUUUCGCCCAGAAGUUAAAGCUACGACGUCACGAGAUGAUGCAUUUGGAAAAAUCUGCCCGAGACAUAUCAAAGUGUUCCGUCUGUCCUCGGACCUUCUUAACUGCACGUGGUCUACAAUUGCACGUCCGGUUUGUGCAUGAAAAUGAGAGGAAUUAUUCGUGCUCAUUUUGUGCCAAGAGGUUCACGACGGCACCAGCUUUGAAGCGUCACGUGGAGGCGAUACACCCCGCAAACAAGAAGAAGAUUUAUACCUGCGACGAAUGCGAGUACAGGAGCCACUCAAAACACAAUUUUGAUCGACACGUGCGAACACACAUUGUUGCGAAUUGGCGUGAGUGUUACUUUUGCAAGAAGCUGUUUUCCGGCUGGCAAAUAUUGGUCCGACACUGCAGUAGGAUGCAUUGCCUCGAGAAGUAAAAUAAGAGUAAAUAUUUUUCAUUGUGCUCAUAAUUGAAUUCUCGAUUUACUGUUGUAAUUUUCAUGCGCAAGCGAUGUUUUUCAUGACUCUUUUGUUAGUUACCAAAACGUCACCAAAAUGAUUUUAAAGUAAGCGUAGUUACGUCACCGAUUUCACAGUGGGUGUGCAAACCAUAAAGGACCGAAUUUAUUUCGGCAACUUUUGAUGAUUUUAUUUAACACUAAGCAUUUACAAAAGGCGUUAGGACAUGGUUUUGACGAAUUC